AUGAAAAGCAAAUUAACUUUAUUGGACGUAUUUAAUAAAACUGAAGAAGAUGUUCGUUUGAGAACUAGGUCGGGAGGAUUAAUAACACUAGGUUGUUUAUUUACUGUAUUCCUAUUAUUGUAUAGUGAAUGGAAGCAAUUUAAUACAAUUACUACCCAUCCAAGCUUGGUGGUUGAUAGAGAUCGCAAUUUAAAAUUAGAUAUAAAUUUGGAUGUAACCUUUCCUCAUAUGCCAUGUGAAUUAUUGAGUUUAGAUAUCAUGGAUGAUUCUGGUGAAGUUCAGUUAGAUUUAUUGUCUUCAAUUUUUGCUAAAACCCGAUUAGAUUCUGAUGGUAAUAUUUUGGAUAAAGAAGUUCCAUUUGAUACUACCGAUGACACUAAAGAAUUAGUACCGGAAGAUUAUUGUGGUCCUUGUUAUGGUGCCCGGGACCAAAAUAAUAACGAUAAUUUACCCAAGGAACAAAAAGUUUGUUGUCAGACUUGUGAUCAAGUUAAAGAAGCAUAUGUUAAUGCAGGCUGGGCCUUUUAUGAUGGCCGUGAUAUCGAACAAUGUGAAAAAGAAGGAUAUGUUAAAAGAGUUGAAGAGACUAUCAAUGAAGGCUGUCGAAUCCAAGGUACCGCUAAAUUGAACAGAAUUCAAGGUAAUCUCCAUUUUGCUCCAGGGAAGCCAUACAAAAAUCCAAUUAAUGGUAACGGUCACUUUCAUGAUGUUUCCUUGUACAAUAAGUUUCCUAAUUUAAAUUUCAACCAUAUCAUUCAUGAAUUAAGUUUUGGACCAAAGAAUACUAAAAAUGACCAAGUUUUAUCCAGACCUUUGAAUGGACAUGAAGAAAUACAUAUGGACAACGCACACAAUAUUCAUUAUUCCUAUUUCACUAAGAUUGUGCCAACUAGAUUUGAAUAUAUUGAUGGUACAAAAUUGGAAACUACACAGUACAGUGCCACAAUGCACGAAAGACCAGUUGAAGGGGGUAGAGACGAAGAUCACCCUAAUACUGUUCAUAGCAGGGGCGGUAUUCCAAGUUUAUUUGUAUUUUUUGAGAUGGGACCAUUAAAAGUUAUUAACAAGGAAGAGUUUAAAAUGACCUGGGCUUCUUUUAUUUUGAACUGCAUUACCUCGAUUGGUGGUGUUUUAGCUGUUGGUACAGUUGUUGAUAAAAUGACAUAUAAAGCUGCACAAUAUAUAAGACAAAAAAAAGAUUUGUGA